CAAGUACUCGCAGUCCACCAGUCUUCUUUCUUUUUGGCUGAAGAAGAAUAACCGUCACUAUAAUAAUUUCGUGAGCCUCACCUCACUUACUUUUCUUCAACCCAUCAAUGGCGUGAGCCCCAAAUCGCUUCUCAGUUUCCUUCAACCAUGGAAGCUCUCCGUCUCGUCACGAUUGCUAACCUCCCCUCAAACCGCAAACCCACAAAAUUCAAGCUGAAAAUCAGUCAGACAAAUUUCCGAUUCUCCCCAAAACCCCUACACCCGUUCUCCCUGCAACCAAUCCUCCGUUUGCCCAUCGUUAAAUGCUCUGUCAAAGCCCACCUGGACCACCACCACGACCAUGGUCACGAGCACCACCAUGAUCACCGCCAUCAUUGCCAUGGCCACCAUGAUUGCGAUACUCCGUUGACCAAAUCUCAGAAAGCUUUUCUCACCUUUGCGCAGGUUGUACGGUGGCCUGAGCUAGCCGGCUUCCUGAGAGAGCAUCUGGAGCUAUGCUGCUGCGCGGCUGCGCUCUUUCUAGCCGCCGCCGUUUGCCCGUACUUUCUGCCCAAGCCGGCAGUCAAGCCUUUCCAGCAGGCUUUCACUCUCGUCGCCUUUCCCUUAGUUGGGAUUUCGGCGGCUUAUGAUGCUGCCAUGGAUAUUAUGGGUGGCAAAAUCAACAUUCACGUGCUUAUGGCUCUGGCGGCAUUUGCGUCCUUGUUUAUGGGGAAUGCUCUGGAAGGUGGAUUGCUUUUGGCCAUGUUCAAUCUGGCUCAUAUUGCGGAGGAGUAUUUUACGAGGAAGUCCAAGAUUGAUGUCAAAGAACUGAAAGAGAACUAUCCUGAAUUUGCUCUUGUUCUGGAUGCGGAGAAUGAGAACACUCCUAGUUUUUCAGAAUUGAUGUACCAUAAAGUCCCUGUGAACGAUUUGACAGUUGGAUCGUACAUAUUGGUGAAAGCUGGUGAGUCGGUGCCAGUGGAUUGUGAUGUAGUCCAAGGCAGAUCAACUGUUACUAUAGAGCAUUUGACUGGAGAGGUUAAACCUGUCGAAAAGAAUGUUGGAGAUAGCAUUCCUGGUGGUGCUAGGAACCUGGAUGGUAUGAUGAUUGUUAAGGCAAAAAAGACAUGGAAGGAAUCUAUGCUGAGUAGAAUUGUGCAAUUAACUGAAGAGGCUCAGCAGAGUAAACCAAAGCUCCAAAGAUGGCUAGAUAAGUUUGGUGAGCAGUACAGCAGAGCAGUUAUAAUUUUAUCUGCUGCCAUUGCAUUGAUGGGGCCAGUUCUCUUUAAGUGGCCUUUCUUCAGUACACCAGUUUGCAGAGGAUCAGUUUAUCGGGCAUUGGGACUUAUGGUAGCUGCUUCACCAUGUGCACUGGCUGUGGCACCUUUGACAUAUGCAACCGCAAUUAGUGCUUGUGCAAGAAAGGGGAUCUUGCUUAAGGGAGGUCAUGUCCUAGAUGCACUAGCUUCAUGCCAUAAUAUUGCGUUCGAUAAAACAGGGACAUUAACUACUGGUGAAUUUAUGUGCAAAGCAAUUGAACCAAUACAUGGACAUAAUAGCAACAAAGAGAAACAAAUUGCUACUUGUUGUGUACCUAGCUGUGAGAAAGAAGCUCUUGCUGUGGCUGCAGCUAUGGAGAAGGGGACUACUCACCCUAUUGGAAGGGCUGUUGUGGACCAUAGUGUUGGGAAGGAUCUCCCUCCAGUUUCUGUUAAGAGUUUUGAGAAUCUUCCUGGCAGAGGUCUUCUCGCAACAAUAUCUAGCAUUGAGAUUUAUGCUGUAAUUGCUAUUGACCUUGCUGCUGUUUCUGAAUCUUUUUGCUCAUUAAAGAAAGGGUUUGGAGGCGGUAGACCAUUGACAGCUUCAAUUGGUUCUGUGGAGUACAUCACUUCUCUUUUUAUGUCUGAUGAUGAAUCAAAAAAGAUCAAACAGGCAAUUAGCUCUUCGUCUUAUGGAGAUGACUUUGUUCGUGCAGCUCUUUCUGUCAAUAAUGAGAAGGUGACUCUAUUUCAUUUUGAAGAUAAGCCUCGAGCUGGUUCUUUGGAUGUUAUAAAGUCAUUGCAAGAGCAAGGAAAUUUACGUGUUAUGAUGCUUACCGGUGAUCAUGAAUUAAGUGCAUGGAGAGUGGCUAAUGCAGUCGGCAUCAAAGAAGUUCACUGCAGUCUCAAGCCGGAGGACAAACUUUAUCACGUGACAAGUAUUUCAAGAGAUACAGGUGGGGGCUUAAUUAUGGUAGGUGAUGGUAUUAAUGAUGCACCUGCCUUGGCUGCAUCAACAGUGGGCAUUGUUCUAGCCGAGCGUGCAAGUGCAACUGCUAUAGCUGUAGCCGAUAUCCUUUUGCUGCAAGACAAUAUCUCAGGAGUUCCAUUCUGUGUGGCCAAAGCUCGUCAAACAAACUCCUUGGUCAAGCAAAACGUGGCACUUGCUUUGUCCAGCAUUGUUUUGGCCUCUCUUACGUCUGUUUUUGGGGUUUUACCACUUUGGCUAACUGUCCUUCUCCAUGAAGGAGGGACGCUUAUUGUUUGUCUGAAUUCCAUUCGUGCUUUGAAUACCCCAUCGUGGUCUUGGAAGCAUGACCUUCUGCAACUUGUCGACAAAUUACGGUCACUCGUUUUACGCUUACUGAAGCAUGAUGCUGAUCAUGACACCAUACAAGCUGCACCUCUUUAAUCAAACUAUUUGCGUUCUUUUCGGCUAGUUUUGGCAAAUGGGUUGGUGCAAAUCAGACUUCUUUCUGAAUUGUGAAUAGAUAGAUCCAUAUUACGGUUAGGUAUAACCAAAGAAGGUUAAAGUCCUUUUGACGCCGGUAAUUUUUACGAGGAAGGUGCUUUUGAAUGUUUCUGGUUGUGAGUUUUUUGCUUCUUGAACGAGUAUCUGAGAAUGGCAACCUAUGAUGGUAGCUCAUUGUAUGAAGGGGACAGAUCUUUUGUGUUGGCGGUUGUUAUAUUGCUUUCCUUAUGAAGAAGCCUCGAUCUAGAGCAAAAUUUGGUGUUAUAAUGCAAGAACCGAAUCGUAGGAUUAGGAAUAGCCACUCGAUGGAUUAGAUGAUUAAGAGGGUGUUUGUUUAUUAAAAGUUCAUAUCAUACUCAAUUCAUAUUUAAAUUUAGC